AUGUAUACUAAGAUUUUAUACUUUGCUGGUUUAGUUAGUAUUGCGGUGGCACAAUUUGGUUAUGACAACGGACAUGACGUAGCAUUUUCAUCGAGUCAUAUCUCUCGUCACGAUGGCCAUGCUGAGUUGGUUGGACACGGUCAUCACGUUGACUAUCACACGCACCCUAAGUAUACGUUCGAGUACAAAGUAGAGGAUCACCACACGGGCGACAUGAAGUCUCAACAUGAGACUCGCGACGGUGACGCAGUGAAGGGCGUGUACUCGCUGCACCAACCAGACGGCUCCGAGAGGACCGUGCACUAUCACGGUGACCAUCACACUGGUUUCCAUGCGGAUGUGAAAUUCGACACGCAUCACAUCGUUCCAAAACAUUAUUAAGAUUAUAUUGUACCUAAUUUUAAUAAAGGAUUAACAA